CGUAUCGCUUUUCUUCUACUUCUCUUUUCCUCUUCGUUUUGCGCUCACCGUCACCGAGCUCUGUCUCUGCUUCUUGGAACCCAGCGUAAAGGGGGUGAAAAUAACGUCGAAAGUUCGGAACUUGGCUGGAAAAAUGGGCGCCGUAGAGCCCAGCUUGGAUCAGCUCUUGGAGGAGAGGAAACGCAUGAGGAAUCCUCUCGUCCCCAUUGGUGCAUUCAUGACAGCGGGAGUGCUAACAGCGGGGCUAGUAAGUUUCAGAAGAGGGAAUUCACAGCUGGGACAGAAGUUGAUGAGAGCUCGUGUGGUUGUUCAAGGAGCAACCGUUGCUCUAAUGGUUGGGACUGCCGUAUACUAUGGACAGCACCCCUGGAACAAGAAGCCUGACUCAUCUGUAUAGAAGUUCAUCAACAGAAGUUACACAAGCAGCCUACCGGAAAAUAAGACAGAAUGAAUUACUUGCGCUGCCGCUCCCUUACCAAUUUGUAGCUUUCCUAUGAAUUUCUGGUAUCAAAUGUUUCCUUAAAUGGUUGAAAGUUUGGGCAGUUGUAACUAAUAUGUAGGCUGUAGCUACUGUAUUUAUUUUCUUUACCUAAGAUAACAUUUUGCGUUGAGGCUGAAAUAAGGGGAUUUCAGAAGUUCUUUCUGUGAAAGUAAUACUCUUUUUCUUGUUAGUUUCAAUUUAUUAGAAUGAACAGGGAAAUUGUCUCCACAGUCUAUCCUAAUGCACUUGGCAGCAGAUUUAGGUGCUUGGGUUUUUAUCUGGUUGUGUGAGGGUGUUUGUUAUUCUAUUAAAGGCUCCAAAUUUAUCUUUGUUUAAGGAGGGUUUUCUCUCCAUGUGGAAGGUUCUGUCUCUUGAUGCUUCUUUCUUUUCUGGAUCUCGCACCUGACCACCUGCAUUGUUCGAAUGACGACUUUCAUGCAUUUUGAACUUCUUAAGAUGGUGGAAUGUAUGUAAUAUUGGACUAUAAGCCCUCUUCCUUGCAGAUCAUGGUAUUUGAAUGCCUGAGUUUGUGACGUUAUUAUUUCGUGGUGUUUGAGCAAUGCCUUUACUUUUGGCGACCUUGUGUCUUAGACAUUGUAGUAUUGUACUGGCUCGCUUGAUAAGCUGGCUUCUUAAAGUUGGUUGUGUUAUUCGGUCAUCUAACUUAUCCUGGAUAUACAACAUUGUGUUGUCAGAAGGUCUGUCUCGUAGGGGCCUUGGUCUUGGGUCAUCAUCCUACCUCAGGAAGUGGGUAUGUCUUCCUCUUCUUAUGAUGCCACACUGUUAUUCUGUCUUUAUAGUGAUCACCUAAUGAUGUCUUACGCUUCAAUGGUUGGCUAAAAUGUCUUCUCCAAGUAAGAGGAAGGAGAUGGAUGUCAUGAAACUGUAAGUUUCCUUUUGUACUUCUUGCUCAGCAUUCAAUCAUCCUUUCUUCCAGCAAUGUCUCUCUCUGAUUCUCGUAGUGUUCAGAUCAUUGACAGAGUUUAUUGUUAGACAAUUUAGUGGUGAUGUUGUGGUCCUCUGGGCGGUUUGAUUUAAUGCUUUCUUAGCUAAUGUGUAUAUUAACCCUGUGUGAUGUGCUUUGGCUUUUGAGAUGGUAAAUCAACAAGUGUAGAAGCUAGCAGGAGUGAGAACUCUAGUUAUUAGUGAAACAAUAGGAUACUUGUCUGAUUACCUCAGUGAUUUUAUGUUGGCUAUGCUUAGCUUAUCACUGCAGAAUCUAGAGUGGAUGCCCCUCAUUUACAACCUGCUCAGUUUAUUGUUGGGAUCCAUUCUCAAAGAUGAGCUCUCUUAUAGAGUUCCAUACUAAAUGCUGGAUUUUGAUUACCAUCUCGUUUUCUCCCCAUCUUACUUCCAUUGUAAUGAGUGAUUAGAUGCAGAGGAAAUAACUAAUGAGUGAUCCAAACUUCCAUACAAAGUUAGGAUGCUGCAGAAGUGAAAUUGGAUAAUGAUGUUUAUCUCUCCAGUUUUGCUCUCCAUGUGUGAUCUCGUAAAUGGGGAAUGUAAAUGAUGAGUGGUUAUGUCUUCCAUUUUGGAUGAUGAAUCACUCAACAAAGAAUUUAUUUUUUAAUGAGUUUAGUGUCGAGUUUCAUGGCCCUAAAGAAAGUAAAGUUCUUUUUGCCUCUUCGUGCCAUAUCUUCACACCAUUUUUAACAUGUCUGUAUUCAGUUGAGCUCUUAGUUACAUGAUGUUUAUUUACUGUUCUAUUAGGCUUGUUUCACAUGUCCCUCUUUCUCUCCCCCCGUGUUACUCGCUUUAUCAUUGGGAUCCAUUCUCAGACUUAACUUCGGAAUCGAUAUUGAUGCAACACAGAAGCAAUCUCAUCAGUUUAUUGUUGGGAUCCAUUCUCAAUGUGAACCAACGUAAUUUUCAUUACUCUGUUUUGCUUAUAAAAUUCUGAAAAUAGUCAACGAGCGAGGAACCAUCUUGAGUAGGGUUAGUUCUUAUAGUAUAAUCACUCUGUUUUUUGCUUAUAAAACUCUUAGGGUAAAAAAUGAAGAAGUCCGCGGAGGAAGGACUGUUACGAAACAAAGCGUCUUAACUGACAUACAGUAAGACAUAACAUAAGGGUUUGUUUUCAUUAGAACAUCGUUUUCAUCAUUCUUUUUACCUCUUGCUCUGUUUCUUUCCAAGACUGCAUAUCUGAUCCAUAUUAUUAUAUCCAUGGGGUUUAACUGUUCAAGUUGGCAGGUUGUGCAUACAUGGUUCCUAUUUGGCGUAUUUACAUCCUGUCUUGUUUGGCACCAGGGAUGUUGCUGUAGUCAAUUCUGCAUUUCGCCAUUGUUAAUGACUUCCUUUGGCUGUGUGCUUGGGAUCCGAGAACGGCUGAAUGUUUUGAAGGAGUUAAGGGCAUCUUUCUUUUGGAUUUUUGUACAGAACUAUUCAUCUGUCGAGAAAGCGACUCGAUUUCUGGUAGCAAUCAACGAAAGACGGCCGGGUGGGAAAUGGUAUUAAUGAAGUGGAUUUAGUAAACAAUUGUAAAGUGU